ACUUCCGGGUAACAAUUUUAAUGGGUUUUCGUAGUUACUUAGCCUUCCAUUAACGAAGCAUAUUUUUUAACCAAGGAUAGCAUUAAGUUGCUUGUAUUGUAAAUAUCUAUUUCCUCUUUUUGGCUUUAGUGACGUAAAACGGGAUUUGUUCCGUCAUGGACUGGAUUGGUUUUUGCUAUGCUCUGUGUGUGUCAGCAGGUGGAAUUAUAGGUUAUGCUAAAGCAGGCAGCGUCACCUCUCUGGUAGCUGGUCUCCUGUUCGGCCUGUUGGCUGCCGGCGGUGCUUAUCUAACAUCUCAGAAUCCCAGAAAUGUGUGGCUUUCAUUGGGCACCGCGGGAACUUUGGCUGUAGUGAUGGGACUGAGAUUUUUAAACUCCUGGAAGUUCAUGCCAGCUGGUUUAAUGACUUUACUGAGUGUGCUCAUGCUGACAAAGAUCAUCGUUGGAAUGCUAAAGCCAGGACCACAUAAAUCUUGAAUUUGCCUUUUAAUUGUGCAAAAGGAUUGUUAAACAUUCCCAGCUUGUUGUCUGUUCUGUUUUGCAGUAUGGCUAAAAAUGGUAUGGAAUAGUAUAUUUUUCUAUAUAUGCAAACUUUGCUUAAAAAUUAAAAGCAAUGUCUACUCACCCACUGUUUUUGUUUUAUUUGAAUAAACAUGAAAGGACCAAACUGCAUUUAAAAAAAAACUAUUUAAGGAUUUAUGUAUGAACACAGUAAGAAUGAUCAAAACAAUGUUUUUCUAUAAGAAACGUGAACUUUUCUUAAUAUAGAAAAGGUAGCUAUAGAAAAACAUUGCGGCGGUUGCUCCUUUAUUGGACAAAAAAGUGAAGAAAUGUUUUGUCCAAUACAUUUUUUGUAUUAAAAUAUAUGCAAUAAAAAGUUUUAUUCCAUAAAUGACACCCCAAGCAUGAUAAUAUAUUAAUGAAAUGUCUAAUGUUCCUGUAGCCAUUGAUCUCUUUAUGUGGUUUACAUCAGAUUGGGAGAUUAAAAGCAUAGCUUUAAACUACCCCAGGACACUGUAUUGGAUCACACACAGUAAAAUAAGGACCCUAGAAGUGAAGGUUUGUGUUUUUUAGCACCUCAAAGGAUAGCUGUCCCUUACCUUUAACUAGAUAGAUGUACUUGUCUUAUCUUUGUUCAAAUAUGAGCACUUCUGAUCCUGAUCCUCCAUUGGAGAAUAAAGACUUCUUUUAUUAACACCUGAAAAAUAAGCUUUAGAACUAACAUCAUCAUGAAAAUGUCCAA